UCUGUGUCAUGCUCCUUGACUGCACUACCCACUUUCUGUCUGGAUAAUGUUUUGGUCCUUUUUGAUUGGAACACAUACUUUCUGACCACACUGACCAGACAUUUUGGAUACUGAUUAUUGAUUUUCUGAGGGCAGGAGAAUGGCCUUAAGACCACGAGACGUUUUCUCUUUCAAAGACUCUGAACUGCCUUCCCACCUUCUUGCCCAGCUCAACAUCCUUCGUCAGGAGCGUAUCCUGACAGACGUCCUGCUCUGCACUGAGCACCAGGAGAUCCCCUGCCACAGGAACGUCCUGGUGUCCAGCAGCCCGUACUUCCGCGCCAUGUUCUGCAGCAAUUUUCUGGAGAGCAGUCAGGCCCGAGUGAAUCUGAAGGGAAUCUCCUCAAAUGUCCUCAGUGGCAUCGUGGACUAUGUCUACACAGGCUGUGUCACUAUCACCAUGGAGAUAGUGCUCCCGCUCAUGCAGGCAGCCUCCAUGCUUCACUAUGGAAGUCUCUUUGAGGCCUGCUCCAUGUUCCUGCAGGAGCAGCUGAGUCCAGAAAACUGUCUGAGCAUGAUACGACUGUCUGAGAUCCUUCACUGUGAGAGUUUGAGGGAGAGGGCGAAGGAGAUGGCUGUGAGGUGUUUCUCUGAUGUGGCCGCUACGGAAGACUUCUGUGAGUUGUCUCUACCUGAGCUAAUGUGUUACCUAGAAGACGACCGACUUUGUGCUGAGGAGGAGCAAGUGUUUGAGACCCUCCUGGCAUGGAUCCACCAUGACCCGUUCUCACGACGCGGUGCAAUCCACGAUCUCUUCAAGAAAGUCCGUCUUCGCUACAUCCACCCGACUUACCUCUUCCAGUUCAUUGCUAAUGACCCACUGGUGCAGUCCUCCACCCUCUGUACUGAGAUAAUCGAGUCAGUGCGUCGCCUCAUGCUUACAGUCAGCACCAAGUGUAGCCGAGAGCUCAAGCCGCUUUGGACAACGCCACGACGUUACACCUGCAGAGAAACACUGGUGGUGGUUGGAGGACGCAAAAACAAUGAACAGACCUCACGAGAAGCCCUACUAUAUGAUGAGAGAACUCAUCGGUGGCAGUGGUUGGCCAAGCUUCCUCUGCGCCUCUACAAAGCUGCAUAUGUGUGUAUUCAUAGCAUCCUCUAUGUGCUCGGUGGGCUCAGCCUCUGCAUGACAUCAGGUGACAGUUCAGUCAGCGCCACAGUUUACACACUCUCCCUGAAGACCAACCAGUGGCGGACUGCUGAGCCCAUGUUGGAGCCACGAUACGCCCACCAAAGUGUGUCCUAUCUGCACUUUAUUUUUGUGUUAGGAGGCAUUGGGGUGGACAAAAAGAUCUCUCAGUCUGUAGAAAGAUAUAACAGCAUGUUUAAUCAAUGGGAGGCCAUGGCUCCAAUGCCCACAGCAGCGCUGCACCCAGCUGUUGCAGCCAGCGAUCAGAAGAUCUAUGUUUUCGGAGGGGAGGACGCCAUGCAGAACCCAGUCAGGCUGAUUCAGGUGUAUCACAUCUCUCGUAACUUGUGGUCAAGGCUAGAAACAAGGACGGUGAAAAAUGUUUGUGCUCCUGCUGCUGUCAUUGAAGACAAGAUCUACAUCAUAGGAGGAUACACCAGGCGAAUGAUUGCCUAUGACACCAAAGCCAACAAAUUCGUCAAGUGUGAGAACUUAAAGGAGCGGCGGAUGCAUCACAGUGCUACAGUGAUCAACAACAAGCUCUAUGUCACCGGUGGACGUAUCCUCAACGGCCACGAUGUCAUCGAGGACUCAGACUGCUUCGAGUGUUACGACCCAAAGACAGACGUUUGGACCUCGAAAGGUUCUUUGCCGUACAAGCUGUUUGACCACGGCUCCCUGCCGCUGGUCUGUGUUUCCAACCGACCCAACCCACCGUGAGCCACCAUCCAACCAGUUACUUGGGUGAAUGCUUUGCUGCAUGUUCUUCUUCACCUCCCCUUUGCUGUGACUUAACGGCCUCUAACUACACAAAUGGGAAACCAUUUCAAACUGACUGCAUUCCUUCACACAGCUCACGCUGCCACAACUUAGCAGCAUGUUAGGCCAGGCCGACUUUCAUCUGACUCAAAGGAGAGCCCAGCUGACAGGCAGAGGUGUCAUUACUAAGGCACCUGGUGUGGAACUGAGCUGAGAGCCCAUGAGAUGAUGGGAGGCAGACGUACUUACAUAACAAGCAGCUGUUCAGACACAUACGUAAUCCAAAAAGCUCUUUCCGCAGAUGGCUGCGCUCGUUUGAUGAUAACUAAAAGUGUUAAUGCUUUAAUUUCCCAGACAUUUAUACGCAGCAUAGCACUGCCUGGCAGCUGCAGCUGACUUCACUCUAACAAUUAAAUACAUAGGGAACUAGAGACUUGGAGAGCGCAGACCUCCACCAGGGCCAGAUGUUCUUGCACGUAAUGUUAACAGAAGUGAAAAAUAAAUUGUGAAUCCACCCCAUGAUUUGGAUCAUUUGAUUUGGUUUCAUGAAAAUUAGGCCAGUAGUUUUUCUGUAAUUCUGCUGAUAACAACUGACCUGAAAAAAUAACAUUUUUGGCGACGGCAUGGGCAGAUUAUGUGACAAUGGGCCCCUGGGCACAGACAUGCAAAGGGCCCCACCACCUCUCCUACAGAGGAGCAAGACAGGCAGACUUUCUUUGUAGUCUUUAUGUAUCUUUUUGAGGUUUUGUGGUCAUUUUGUGUGUCCUUGUGGUUGUCUGCUGUGCUUUUGUAGUC